AUGGGAGAUCGGCAGCAGCAGCAGCAGCACGCGCACGGGCACGGGCACGGCGGCGGCGAGCACCCGGCGGCGGACCCGCCGUCGUCGGCGACGCUGCUGCGGCGGGUGCAGACCCACGCGCCCAACUCGACGCAGGUGGUGGGCUUCCUGACGCUGCUCGUCUCCGGCGCCGUGCUGCUGCUCCUCACGGGGCUCACGCUGACGGGCGCCGUCGUGGCGCUCGUCUUCCUGGGCCCCAUCGCGCUGCUCACCAGCCCCAUCUGGGUGCCCAUCGCCUUCGCGCUCUUCGUCCUCACCGCCGCCGCGCUCUCCGCCUGCGGCUUCCUCGUCGCCGCGCUCGCCGUGGGCACUUGGAUGUACCGCUACUUCACGGGGCGACACCCCGUGGGCGCCGACCGGGUGGACUACGCGCGCAGCCAAAUCGUCGACACGGCCAGCCACGUCAAGGACUACGCGCGCGAGUACGGUGGGUACCUGCACAACCGCUCCAAGGACGCCGCGCCCGGCGCCUAG